UUAAAUGACUCCCAUGGGUAACAUAAGAAGGUUAAAGCCAAAAAAAAAAAAAAAGUGAAAACUUGCUCUCCCUCAAGGCGGCAAACGACAGUACAGCAAGCGGCACCACAUGACCACAACCACACCAAUAAGCAUUACCAGAAAAUGGAAAACUCAAAUUAUUGAUUAACUAAGGAGUUGAUGCUGUUGUGAGAUGGAGGAAAGAGGAAUCAAAAAAUUUUUUUUUUCUUAACUUACAAUAUGGGGAGGGUUGGAAUAUUAGCUUUGUAAUUCCAAGCUAUAAGUUUUUGGCUAGCGCCAAAUUGAGAAUUUGUCUAGUUUCUAACACUAGAUUGAAAACGGAUUCGACGGUUUGACAAUAUAAAUUGAAAAGGGGUAUCAGCAUCCGCCCUAAUUCCAUGCACAACUACUACUAUAAUUCGUGUCCCUUAGAGGUAUUUACAAAUACUUGAAAGAGAAGAAGGAAGGAGCAAAGCAUAGAUACAAACACUAGUAAUGGCACUAUCAUCAUGCCAUGUCCCAGCAAUUUCAUCCUUCAUAGAGCAGACAAGUUCAAUCUCAGAGCUUCAACAAGCUCAUGGCCAGCUCAUCAAGAAUGGCCUCAUAAAUGACAGUUACACAGCUAGCCGCCUCAUUGCCUUCGCCUGCACAAACCCGAACCUUCAAACAAUAUCCUAUGCUCACUCCAUUUUUUCUCACCUCCAGAAUCCCAACUCAUUUACAUGGAACUCAAUGAUGAGGGCGUAUGCAAAUAGCUCGAACCCACAAAAUGCCCUUCUUGUUUUCACACAAAUGUUGGAGACUUCAGUUGUUCCUGAUAAGUACACUUAUCCUUUUGUUAUCAAGGCAUGUUCAGCCUUUGGUGGUCUGAAUGAGGGCCAACAAGUCCAUGCACAGGUAACGAAGCGUAGGGAGAUGGUGGAUGAUAAGUAUGUGCAGAACACUUUGAUUAGCAUGUAUGCAAAUUGUGGUUAUUUCGAAUCUGCACGUAAUCUGCUGGAUAAGAUGCCCCAGAGAGAUGUUAUUUCGUGGAACGCGAUGUUGGCUGCAUACACGGAGAGGGGUUUGAUGGAUGCUGCACAAGUUCUGUUCUGCGAAAUGGAGGAAAGGAAUGUGGAGUCUUGGAAUUUUAUGGUGUCAGGGUAUGCAAGGUUGGGGUUAGUUGAAGAAGCGAGAUUGAUGUUCGAUGAUAUUCCUGUAAAAGAUGUUGUGUCUUGGAAUGCUAUUAUUUCAGGGUAUGCUGAUGUGGGUGGUUUCAAUGAAGUUUUGCUUCUUUUUCAGAAUAUGGUAGGGGAGAAUAUUAUUAAGCCUGAUAAAUAUACACUGGUCUAUGUUCUAUCUGCUUGUUCUAAUCUUGGAGCUUUGAGUCGAGGGGAAUGGAUUCAUUUAUACAUUGAUAAGAAUGGAAUUGGGAUCGAAGGUUUUCUAGCAACUGCACUCGUGGACAUGUAUUCAAAGUGUGGGGAGACUAGAAAGGCUUUGGAAGUUUUUGGCACUACAGCGCAGAAAGACAUUACUACAUGGAAUUCAAUGAUUGGAGGGUUAAGCAUCAAUGGUCUUGGUCAAGAGGCAGUUGGGAUCUUUCAUAAAAUGCUGAAUGAUGAUUAUGCUACGCCAAAUGAGAUUACUUUUAUGAAUAUUCUAUCUGCUUGCAGUCAUGCGGGUUUAUUAAUUGAUGGUCUAAAAAUAUUUAACAUCAUGAUGCGUAAAUAUGAUAUCCAGCCCACGGUUGAGCACUGUGGUUGCAUUAUUGAUCUACUUGGUCGAGUGGGAUUACUAGAAGAGGCGAAGGCACUCCUGAAAGGAGAAGCUUCCGCAAAAGAGUCCCCUGUUUUAUGGCAGUCUCUUUUGUUUUCCUGCAUAAAUUAUGGCAGUCUCGAGCUAGCACAAGAUUUUGCAAAGAAGCUGUUAGAGCUCAAUCCUCAGGACAAUGCUGUCUAAGUUCAACUGUCGAAUGUGUAUGCAUCCAGACGAAAGUGGGAAAGUGUUGCAGACUUGAGAAAACCUAUGAUGUCAAAAGGAGUAAGAAAGAAGGCUGAUUGUAGCAUGAUUGAAAUCGAUGGAGUUGUUCCGAGUUUUUAGCUGGUGAAGGUUUUCAUUCCUAGUCUGAUUUCAGGCCUUGCAACUUUGGCAGUUGUUGCAGGUACAUCCGUGUAAUGUGUCAAAGUAAUGUCUUCUAUCUUACUCUCAUAGAAUUCUGCUACUUUCAACCUGAGUAGUGUCUAGUUUAGCAUUACAAAGAUAUUAAUAUCUUUCGAGAUUUCUCCUUUUUUUUUUUUGGUAACUGCACAUAUUGCAGUCUUAGGGGUUAAAAUAUGCAAGUCAUGAUGAGUAAUUUGAAAGGUGAGGUGUCUGUGUUUAA